AUUGUUCACUCUGUAAUUUAUAGCAUUGUGUUGUAUGUGCUUGUGUACGAUUGUGUCUGUUAAAACAAAUAAUUUUGGGUAGGUAACGGUCGUCCAUUUAUGCUUGCCUAGCCAAGUCCAAAGUAUUCCAAGCAGAGAGAACAACGAAAGCCUUGUGAACUAAUUUACUACUGAGCUGAGGAGACACCAGGACGGAUGCCAUAUCGUACCACACCUCUUCUCCUUCAAGCAGCGUCCUCGACUGUUGGAUAGGUACUAUUCGGGAACUAUUUGGAAGCGGUCAACUUGAAUUUUUACCCUUUAAACGGAAUGGAUUUUGAAAAGACCUAACCUGGAUGGUUUGCGUUACAAGUGUUGUUAAAAAGCCCGCUAGUGGAGUCUGCCAACUUUUGACGAGGUCGCAUUAAGUCUCUCUGGAGGGGAACUAACUUAAAGCCAAAAUGGAUCAAGCCAGCGGUGGGGAGGACCCGAAUAAACCCUCUAAAAAGAAGUCCAACGAGGAUGAGGGUAAAAACAAAAAGCUGAACAUACACAUAAAAACAUUGGCUGAUGAUAUGCGCGAUCGUAUUACCAGCUUCAGGAAAACAGGGAUGAAGAAGGAGAAGCCCCUUAUACAGCACCCAACAGAUCCCCUCUCUACCCAGGCAGAACUGCCUGUUCCUCAGCCUCUUUUUGAUGACCGCUCCAUGAACCUCUCGGAAAAGGAGAUCAUUGACCUCUUUGAGAAGAUGAUGGAGGACAUGAACCUGAACGAGGAACGCAAAGCCCCUCUGCGCGGAAAGGACUUAAGCACAAAACGCGAGAUGGUGGUCCAGUACAUCUCAGCCACUGCCAAAUCUGGUGGACUAAGGAACAGCAAGCAUGAGUGUACCCUUUCAUCCCAAGAAUAUGUCCAUGAGCUGCGUUCUGGCAUCACAGAAGAAAAGCUGCUCAAUUGCCUGGAGUCCCUCAGAGUGUCUCUCACUAGUAACCCUGUCAGUUGGGUUAAUAAUUUCGGUCAUGAGGGUCUUGGCCUUCUUCUGGAUGCUUUGGAGAAGCUGCUGGACAAGAAACAGCAAGAGAAUAUUGAUAAACGGACUCAGCAUAAACUUAUCCAAUGCUUGAAGGCUUUCAUGAACAACAAGUAUGGACUGCAAAGGAUCUUGGGAGAUGAGCGGAGCCUGUUGCUGUUGGCACGAGCGAUUGACCCCAAACAGGCCAACAUGAUGACAGAGAUUGUCAAAAUUCUCUCUGCUUUCUGUAUUAUUGGAGAGGAAAACAUCCUGGAUAAGAUUCUAGCUGCCAUGACAAUUGCUGCAGAGAGGAACAAUAAAGAGAGAUUUGCUCCAAUUGUGGAAGGACUGGAGAACCACGAAGCCCAGCAGCUCCAGGUUGCUUGCAUGCAGCUGAUCAAUGCCCUGGUCACCUCCCCUGAUGACUUGGACUUCCGGAUACAUCUGCGUAAUGAGUUCUUAAGAUGUGGCCUCAAGAAGAUCCUACCUGAGCUAAAAGAGACAGAGGAGCUAGACAUCCAGCUGAAGGUGUUCAAUGAGAACAAGGAGGAGGACUCUAUCGAACUCUCUCAUCGCCUGGAUGACAUCAGAGCUGAGAUGGAUGAUAUGAAUGAGGUGUACCAUCUCCUGUCGAAUAUGGUGAAAGACACUGGCUCAGAGGCCUACUUCCUUUCAAUCCUUCAGCACCUAUUGCUCAUCAGGAAUGACUAUUACAUCAGGCCUCAGUAUUACAAGGUGAUAGAAGAAUGCGUGUCUCAGGUGGUCCUGCAUCGGAGUGGGAUGGACCCUGACUUUGGCUACAGUAAACGAUUGGACGUGGACUUCACCCAUCUGAUUGAUCAGUGCGUGGAUAAAUCCAAAGUUGAAGAGAGUGAGCAGAAGGCUGCAGAGUACUCCAAAAAGUUUGAUGAGGAGUUCAGUGCACGGCAGGAGGCCCAGGCCGAGUCUCAAAAGAAGGAAGAGAAAAUCAAAGAGCUGGAGGGGAAGAUCCAGGCCCUGGAGUCCCAGUUUGGUCAGCUCCCCCUCCCCCUCCACCACCUCCCCCCACCUCCACCUGGUGGCUGUCCUCCCCCUCCUCCUCCUCUCCCUGGCCACGCUGGCAUUCCACCACCACCUCCUCCCCCAGGUGCAGGACCUCCACCACCCCCUGGUUGUGGGCCCCCACCACCUCCGCCUUUCUUUGGGGGCCCAGGUGGACCUCCUCCACCUCCUGCAUUGCCUGUCAUCAAGCUGCCUUAUGGACUGGAGCCCAAGAAGACCUACAAGCCAGAAACUGUGAUGAAGAGGGUCAACUGGAUCAAGAUAGUGCCUCAGGAAAUGGCAGAGAAUUGCUUCUGGAUCAAAGUCAAAGAAGAGAAGUUUGAGAAUCCUGACCUAUUUGCUCAGCUCUCCCUCUGCUUCUCCUCACAGAGCAAAGUGAAAAAAGAUGUAAAAGAUGAGACUGACGACAGAAUGACACAAUUCAAGAAAAAGGCGAAAGAGCUUCGCAUCUUGGAUGCCAAAACAGCACAGAAUCUUUCAAUUUUCUUGGGCUCGUUCCGCCUGCCUUAUGAAGAGAUCCGGGACAUUGUGCUGGAGGUAGACGAGGAAAGACUGAGCGAAUCACUCAUCCAGAACCUGAUAAAGAACCUGCCAGAGCAGAAAGAGCUGAAUGCACUAGCGGAACUAAAGGGUGAAUAUGAAGAGCUAGUGGAGUCGGAGCAGUUUGGUAUUGUGAUGAGUUCAGUAAAACUCCUACGACCACGUCUCAACGGCAUUCUGUUCAAGCUGACGUUUGAGGAGCAGGUGAACAACAUCCGGCCAGACAUCAUGAAUGUGACAUUUGCCUGUGAGGAGGUGAAGAAGAGUGAAGGCUUUAGCAAACUCCUGGAGUUGGUGUUGCUGGUUGGCAAUUACAUGAAUGCUGGCUCAAGGAAUGCCCAGACGUUUGGUUUCAACAUCAGCUUCCUCUGCAAGCUCCGAGAUACUAAAUCCAUCAGUCAGAAUACAACACUUCUUCAUUUCCUGGCUGAGAAGUGUGAAGAGAAUCACCAAGCGAUUUUGAGGUUUCCAGAUGAACUGGACCAUGUGGAUAGUGCCAGCAAAGUGUCUGCUGAGAUCUUAAAAGGCAGUUUGACCACCAUGGAACGUCACAUUCAGAGGCUUGAGAACGACAUCGAGAACUUCCCCAAAACGGAUGACCAACAAGAUAAGUUUGUGGAAAAGAUGUCGGGCUUCUGCAAGCAUGCCAGGGAGCAGUAUGAAAAACUGUCCACAAUGCACAAGAACAUGCUAAAGCUCUACGAGAGCAUAGGCAGCUAUUUUGCCUUUGACCCCCACUCAGUCAGUGUGGAGGAUUUCUUCGGAGAACUGGCCAACUUCCGUAUCCUCUUCAUGGAAGCAGUGAAGGAGAACCACAAGAAGAGGGAGAUGGAGGAGAAGAUCAAGAGAGCCAAGCUGGCGAAGGAGAAAGCAGAGCGCGAGAAGCAGGAGCGCCAGCAGAAGAAGAAGCAGCUGAUUGACAUGAACAAAGAGGGAGAUGAAACUGGUGUGAUGGAUAGCCUAAUGGAAGCCCUACAGUCUGGAGCAGCCUUCCGUGAUCGGCGAAAACGGACACCUCGCAAUGGUGAUCAAAGCCCUUCCAGUCCAGCCUCUCGGUGGCCAGGUGCUAACUAUGGUAACAGAACACUAGACAACCGCCGCGCAGUCCUGGAAAGGUCUCGUUCACGCCACAACACAAAUCACCAAGCUCGAUGAUCACCCGCGCCUACCACAAGACGCUAGAUAAGUGCCAAAGAGGCCUGCGAGCUGGAGACCUGGAGGACAUCUGAAGGAGGGAGAGACCAGCCCUCCACACACACACACACACACAGCACCAAACUAUGGAACAAAAAUGAAUAAAGAAGCCACAGAGCUAAAGAAUCUACAGUACAUCACACACAGACAUUUAAUUUUCAUGCAGUUCUUCUGAUGCCUUACAUAUUUAUUCAAUAUUUCUCAUCACUCUAAAUGUCCUCUCUAGAUGGUUUGAUUGAUAAAAAGAAAAAAAUCACAUCUUUAAGGCUACUGCGGUUUUCAUUGCUUGGAAUUUUGAUUCUGGCAAGUCAAAGCCUUCUACUAAUCCUUCUUUAAUCAAAAUACUACAGUUUACAGUUAAAACAUGCAGUGUGUUGAAAAUAGACAUUCUGCCAAGAAGGACUGCAUCAUAGUGUAUGAUCAUCAUCCUGAAAAACAUACCACACACAGUACAUUCAACGAAGGGGCAGCAGGCCAACUGUCCUUUAAAUGGAAGAUGGGGAUUUAACACCGAUGCUGGCAAGCCUAUAACCUGCUGACGUUUUCUCCAACAAGUCACUGAACUCUUAAUGGAAGAGGUUGCUUAAAACUGUCAAUCCCUCCUUCAACCAACAUCAAGACUAUUUUUACUAAUAAAUGUACAGAGUCCACAUGAAUCAUUUAACUUCAUUACAUAUCCCACAAAGCCACAACAGCUGGCCCGUGUGUGCCGAUAUUUCAGAGCAUGUGACUCAUGGAUCUUGAAACUGUAAUCUCCUUUUUGACAAGAUGCAUUUUAUUUUUAGUUGUGUAAUAUCUAACCAAUGCCUUCGGGUGCUGAUCUUUGUCACAAGGUUGCUUUUGCUGUUAACAUCAGAGACUGACACAUUUCUAAAUGCAUAUAACUGCCUAGAGGAGCUAACAUGACCCUUUGACCUUUCCUGCAGUCACACAGGUUUUCAGUGGGGGGAGUUUGAUAUUAAAAACAUGACAAUACUGUUGUAUAAUCAAUGUAUUUCUAUCUGUGUUUCAAUUUUUUUCACCAGCAGUGAAAAGUUCGCUCCACUGAGAAUUCCCACAGCAGUUUUUCAAUCGAUUUUUUUCCGUUUUCAAAAAUACAUAAAUAAAUAAUAAUAAAUAAAUAAUAAAUAAAAAUAAGCUCUGUUGGAAAACCAAGACAUACACUGUCAUAUGAGCACAUUUUCUUCAACAAGACAACAUUUUACCAUUUUGAACAGAUGUGUAAUUAAUAUAAACAGGGCUAAGCUGCUUAAAAAUCACAGCUGAGAUUUCAAUGGAUACAUUUUUAUUGUAGAACUAAAUGUGAAAUGUUUUUAGACUUAUAUAAACCACAUGAAGUAUUUUAUUCAUACAUAAAAAAAACCUUUGGGGAAAAAAGCACUACAAAUCUGUUGAGGGAAUCCAUGGCCCAAACAUGGCUAAAAAGGGUUUUAGGACUACAAACUGUAAUGCUCCAUGAAAGGCCCUGUUUCCUGGUGGGAUCUGUGUAGUCAUAACUAAAUACUUUACAUCUGUUUUCAGUAACAUCUCCUAGCUGAUGAAGCUUUCAGCAUCAAAACAAACACCUGAUGCUUGGUGUUCGUGUACAAAAUACUUGAAAUUUUGCUGUAAGCUUUGUUCCUCUGUAAGGCCCCGCUGUCACACAGCUUCUUCAUAUGAGCUAUUUAUUCAUAUAUUCAUGCCUAGGGCAGCCCUGUCCCCUCACUGCCCUAAAAUGUAAGCAGAUGCUACUAAAAACAACCAUUGAAUCCACAUGGAGAGUGGGCACGACCAGAAUAAUCGACUAAGGAGCACGGACGACAAGAUGAUGCUUGUCUUAGCAAGUGAGUCUCCAAAUGCCCUCCAAUUCCCCAGCACUAAUGGCAUAAGUGACCCUUUUACCAAAACACGAAUUACUUUAGUAGUACCAUAACUCUGCUUUAGGCUUUGUGUGUCUGUGUGUUUAUGUGUGUGCACCAUGCCAGCUCAGUAAUCGGAACAGGAACCCAGGCAAAAUAGGAUUCAGUGUGCUUGACUCCUGGGCUAUGGAGAUUUUUCAUUUAAACAGUCUGCCAGUGCUGCUUGUGAUGUGUCUGUUUCAUGAUGCUUCCUCUUCGAGCCUGCAUGCUUCUAAAAAUGCAAUUUUACACAUCAUCUCGGCUCAAGGUGCAUCCACAAUGCUCAGAGAAGUCUGCAUAUUUAAGAAGACAAUAAUUCUUCUCUGAAUAUAAGGUUCGAGCAGUCACACAGAGAAGGCAUAGAGAAUGAGGUUUCCGCAUAAGGGAUUCUGCAUAGAUAGGAGUUUUAAGGAUGUGUUGUAUACAGCAGAGAUAGAGAUGUGCCAUGAAAGGCAGUGAUUUCCUUUUUCUAAUCGCAACUCGCCCUUUGUCCUAAACACCACCACACCUGUGCAGUUUAAAGUAUUGAAUAAGAUCCUUUUUUUUUCUCCACCAAUGUCUGCUGUGACAUUUGGUGUUUUUUCACCUUCUGAAUGGAUACUGUACACAACAACCAGUGGUAUGUGGUUAGCAAUUACAGUGUUUAUUUCUUUAUGAAUAACGUGCCAACUUUUUUUGUGUGGAAAAAACAGCUCUCACCAUACAAUGAUGGAACAUUCCUGUUUUUAAUUUUGUUUUGUGUGUCAAAGGGAAUACCGGUCUCUUUUUUUCAAAGUGACAAAGAUUGUACAGACAUUAAAAGCUAGAUUUUUUUAAAUUUUUAUUUUAGCCAUUGUUUAAUAAACAUUGAUACAAUUAAUACAUUAAGUAAGUCAUUCAAAGUAGGAGGUUUUGAUGUAAUUACAAAAUGAUAGUCAUGUGGUAUUUCUUAUCUAAAACAUCUUUUAUAAGAUGUAAUUUAUUUGGAGUUAAAAAAGAACUUUUGUCAUGAUGCCAUUGUAGAACGCAAUGAGCUACGGUGUUAGCCAUUGUAGAAGAUCAUGCUUCUUUCCUGCAACAGUGAUCACUAUGAACACUUAAUAGGAAAAAAGCAUCAUAAAACUUUAGGUUUGUUUUUUGCCAUUCAAUAGAUGAAAUGGCUGGAAAGCAGUGCCUAAAAACAUGAAAGUUAAAAUAAUUUGUUGUAGUAAAAGCAGCUACAGCGCAGACAACUUUGAAUUAUAAGAGAAACUUCUACAAUGACAACAUCCCUCAUCUUCUCUGUAAGCGAUUGUUGUAUUUCUCCCCCAUCCCAUCUUUUAGGAUAAUCAGAAUUACGUGUUUUUAUAGAAAAUAGCAGGAGAGUCUCAGUAAAAGAACCUGAACUGUUCCAUCAUUUUAGUGUGAAAAACAGGCCUCUAUGCGUUUGGGCCGAUCAUCCCAUUGUCUUUUAGCUUGUAACUAACAAACCUGAACCGAUGAUAUGACUUGUGCUCAUGGUAAUUGUAAGAAUGAGGAGGCAGGGGUAUGAAAGAUUUAUCAAAAACUGCAAAGUGGCCCUUUUGGUGUCAAUUGGUGGCAAGCGCUUUAAUUAAAAGAAAAAUUUGCAAUGUAGAAUAAAACUCACUGACUGAGCACUUUACCUCACAAGAUAUUCUGCUCAGGCAGAGGAAGAGUUGUUUGAGAUGUUUGAAUACACCAUUGCCACUAACAGAGUGAACUAUGUGCAAAGUAUUUCUUUUGGUAAAUAGUUCCAGCUGCCACAUAUCCAGUUCUUUCCUACUUUGUUAGAGCUUACUAUUGAUUCGUGGAAGACCAAUUGUGGCUGAAUCAACAAACAACGCUCAUAACUGUUGACAAACCCUGUCCGACCACCAUGUGUAAGCUGCCAUAUCCCUGCCUACCCUCCUUGUUGUCAUUGAGUGUGUUUUAUUGUCUUAAACAUUUAUAUUUGUAACAUUAAGUUUAUUUGUAUCCUUAAGAACAUGAAAAAACAAAAUGGUUAUGCACACUGUCCUUCAUUGGAAUAUGUAAUGGAAUAUGAUACUAAAUAAUAACCACUUUGUCAUAUAAACUGAUUUCUGAAAGAUA